UAAGAUAGACUGCACUAUAAUACCUAAUUGAGUUGUUGUGUAAUAUCAGAGCUUAACUCGUUAGUUUCCCACCCUCACCUUCCCUCUACCGAAUCCACUGUCCUUUUAUUCACGUAAGAACUUUCCUCUUUCAAAAAACAAGUUUCUCUGCUCAAAAACUUUCUCAGACGACAACACAACAAUGAAGGGGAUACACAGUAGCAUUGGCAUCCCUGAUUUACGACCGCAGCUUGUGCUAAUCGCAUUUUGUCUUUUCACCUCUUCGUUCGGCUCCAAGAUCGGAGAAACUUGCGGGUCGGACAACAAAUGCGAUGCAGGACUCAGCUGCCAGACAUGUCCCGCGAAUGGAAAUACCCGACCGAGAUGUUCGCGGAUACAACCCUUGCAUCCCACUUCUAAGGUGAAUGGAUUACCGUUUAACCGGUAUUCGUGGCUCACAACUCAUAAUUCUUUUGCUCUGGCCGGAGCUAGAUCGGCCACCGGUUCCGUCAUUUUAGCACCGAUGAACCAAGAAGACACUGUUGCAGAACAACUCAAAAACGGCGUGAGAGGAUUCAUGUUAGAUAUGUAUGAUUUCCUAAACGAUGUGUGGUUAUGUCACUCCGCCCAAGGCACAUGUUACAACUUCACUGCAUUUCAACCUGCCGUAAACGUGCUUAAAGACAUGCGAUCGUUUCUAGAUGCAAAUCCAUCUGAAAUUAUCACCAUCUUCAUAGAGGACUACGUGAAAUCCUCUCAGGGUCUAACAAACUUGUUCAAAGCUUCGGGGCUAAGCAAGUAUAUGUUCCCAGUGUCUCGCAUGCCCAAGAAUGGCGGAGAUUGGCCAACUGUUGAUGACAUGGUUCAGAAGAAUCAGCGCCUAGUGGUCUUCACCUCCAAAUCAGCCAAGGAAGCUUCCGAGGGCAUCGCUUAUCAGUGGACUUACGUUGUAGAAAACCAAUAUGGAGAUGAGGGGAUGAAAGCUGGUUCUUGUCCAAGCCGUGCAGAAUCUCCUGCAAUGAACACAAAGUCUAGAUCGUUAGUUUUGGUAAAUUAUUUUCAUUCUGCUCCUAAUCGAAGUCAAGCCUGUGCUGAUAAUUCGGCUCCACUGCUUGGCAUGAUGGAGACUUGUCAUGAUGCAGCCGACAAACGUUGGCCAAAUUUCAUUGCUGUUGAUUAUUACCAGAGGAGUGAUGGCGGAGGAGCACCAGAAGCAGUUGAUGAAGCAAACGGCCAUCUCACUUGUGGCUGUGGCAACAUUGCCUAUUGCAAGGCAAACGCUACGUUUGGCACUUGUGAUGUUCCUCCCAUUUCUCCACCUCCACCUGCGUCAGUAACACCCUCCGACAACCAGCAGUCUCAAAAUAAUAAUCAUGCAAACGAUGCUUAUAUUGGUAGAACAACCAAGUUGAUGCAAACGGUUGUGGUGAUUUUGGCGACGAUAACUUUGUUGGCAUGGUUAUAGAAUGUUAUUAGCUUUGAGUAGUUUCUUGUCAUUGAAGAUAUGCGUGCAUGUAUGUUGUAAACGUAGUUCAAAAUGGUUCGGCCAAUUUGAUUCCUAGUAUUGCAUGGAAUCUGGGUCAUUCUUCAUCACACGACACACUUUAUGGUUGUCUUCUGACUCCUUUUUAUAACACUUUAUGUUUGAUGAUUGACAUCCUGAGAAACUAAUCAAAAUCUUGCUCGU